GGUGCUGGGGGCGGGCUGGGCCACGCCGCCGCCUCGUACCCGGCACUGCACCAUGUCAGGGCAGCUGGAGCGCUGCGAGCGCGAGUGGCACGAGCUGGAGGGAGAAUUUCAGGAACUGCAGGAGACACACAGGAUCUACAGGCAGAAGCUGGAGGAGCUGGCUGCGCUGCAGACGCUGUAUAGCGGCUCCAUCAGCAAGCAGAAGCGGCGUCUCAAGGACUUGAAGCACACGCUUCACAGGUACAAACGGCAUGCCAGUCAUGAGGAGAUAGAGCUUGUCCAGCAGAUCGAUGCCAACAUUAAGGAGCGGCAGAAUGUCUUCUUUGACAUGGAGGCCUACUUGCCCAAGAAGAACGGGCUCUACUUGAAUCUGGUCCUUGGCAAUGUGAACGUGACCCUUCUCAGCAACCAGGCCAAGUUUGCCUACAAAGAUGAAUAUGAGAAGUUCAAGCUCUACCUGACCAUAAUCCUGCUUCUGGGUGCCGUGGCAUGUCGCUUUGUCCUUUAUUACAGGGUCACUGAUGAAGUCUUCAACUUUCUGCUGGUGUGGUAUUAUUGUACUCUGACCAUUCGGGAGAGCGUCCUCAUCAGCAAUGGUUCCAGAAUCAAAGGCUGGUGGGUGUCUCACCAUUACGUCUCCACGUUCCUGUCUGGAGUGAUGCUGACCUGGCCUAAUGGACUAAUUUAUCAGAAAUUUCGCAACCAGUUUUUAGCAUUUUCAAUAUUUCAGAGUUGUGUUCAGUUCCUGCAGUACUAUUACCAGAGGGGGUGCCUCUACAGGCUGCGGGCCCUGGGCGAGAGGAACCACCUGGACCUCACAGUGGAAGGGUUCCAGUCCUGGAUGUGGCGGGGCCUCACCUUCCUCUUGCCUUUCCUCUUCUGUGGCCAUUUCUGGCAGCUCUACAAUGCCGUCACGUUGUUUGAGCUCUCCAGACAUGAGGAGUGUACAGAAUGGCAGGUGUUCGUGCUGGCGCUCACCUUCCUGGUACUCUUCCUGGGCAAUUUCCUGACCACGCUCAAAGUCGUGCAUGCCAAACUCCAGAAGAACAGAAACAAGACAAAGCAGCCGUGAGCCUCGGGGACUCUCGUGCCGGGAGCCUUGGGACGCAGAGAUGGCCGGGCUUUCCACUCAGCACCCUUGACUGCCAGUCACUGGUGGCUAGGGGCAGCAGCAUCUCAGGAGCCAGCGGCAUCACUGGGAACAGGGCCAAGCCCUGGUCCCUGGCUGGACACGGGAAUGUGAAGCCCGCCCGUGCGCACAGUAUUAACCCACCCCAGCUCCUAUUUAUGACGCAUAUUUAAUGCUGGGUUCUCCCAGCUUCCCUGGAAUCCGAGGCCUUCCCCACUGCUCUGAGCAGUGGCCGAAUCCGGUCAGUCUUCCAGGGAGGGCCACCAGCCUCAGGGAGCCAGUCUGCCCCCCUCAUCAUUUAAACCCCCUGCUGGGGUUUGGAUGUGCCUCACCAUGGUUGGCUUUAGCUGACCUGCUACUUUUCUGCACCCCAGGCACUGGGUGCCAUGAAACCUUCAGCAUCCUGUGGAGCCCCCUGUCCUGGACUACUGCCUCUGCUGUAAGCCCCCCACAGCCCCCACCCUCUUGGCGAGGGAGUAUUUAAGUUCUCAGAGAACACUGCC